GAAAGUGGGGCAAAGCCUGCUGGGUUUGAACGGUCAAAAAGAAAGACUUAUGCACUGUUUAAGAGCCAGAGAGAAAAAGAAAAAUAAAAAUCACAUAAAUGUUUGACUAUCUGUCAUCAACACCUCCCACCACCAAAAAGAACCCAGCAAAGCUCAAAGCUACGCAUUCUCUUUUUCCUCAAAUAAAAGAAAUCUUCCAAAACCACGCUCUUCUCCGCCACUUCAUCGUGAAAGAUCCAUUUUAAGAUCCGAAUUCCAUGCCCGUAUUAUUUCUCUCAUGAUUCCGCCUCGCCCACCUGUUUUUUUCCCGAUUUCUUGACCCAAUCGGUAAUUUAUUGAGUUGUUUUGCUGAAUUUUCCACAAAGGAUCUGUGAGAUUCUCGUUUUUGCUUUCAGUUUAGUCCAAUGGCUUCUGUUAGUUUCGUGCCCACUUCUGGAUUAAGAGAACCUGGUAGAAAUACAAUCAGUGUUGAUAGAUUGCCUGAUGAAAUGAAUGAUAUGAAAAUUAGGGAUGAUAAGGAAGUGGAAGCAACUGUCGUUGAUGGUAAUGGAACCGAGACAGGGCAUAUAAUCGUCACCACUAUUGGUGGUAAAAAUGGCCUGCCUAAGCAGACAAUAAGCUAUAUGGCUGAACGUGUUGUUGGGCAAGGAUCAUUUGGUGUCGUCUUUCAGGCUAAAUGUUUAGAGACAGGCGAAACUGUUGCUAUUAAGAAGGUUCUUCAAGAUAAGAGAUACAAGAACCGUGAAUUGCAAACCAUGCGUCUUCUGGACCACCCUAAUGUUGUCUCUUUGAAGCAUUGUUUCUUUUCAACAACUGAAAAAGAUGAGCUCUACCUUAACCUGGUGCUUGAGUAUGUUCCAGAAACUGUCCACCGUGUUAUCAAACAUUAUAAUAAGAUGAACCAAAGGAUGCCACUGAUAUAUGUUAAACUCUAUUUUUACCAGAUUUGCAGAGCGCUUGCUUACAUUCAUAACAGUACUGGCGUGUGCCACAGGGACAUAAAGCCUCAAAAUUUAUUAGUCAACCCACACACCCACCAGCUAAAACUGUGUGAUUUUGGAAGUGCAAAAGUUUUGGUAAAAGGGGAACCAAACAUAUCUUACAUAUGUUCUAGGUACUAUCGAGCACCUGAAUUAAUUUUUGGUGCAACUGAAUAUACCACAGCCAUUGACAUCUGGUCUGCUGGCUGUGUUUUGGCUGAGCUAUUGCUUGGGCAGCCUCUGUUUCCUGGUGAGAGUGGAGUAGACCAGCUUGUUGAAAUUAUUAAGGUUCUAGGUACCCCAACAAGAGAAGAAAUAAAGUGCAUGAAUCCUAACUACACAGAGUUCAAAUUUCCCCAAAUUAAAGCUCACCCAUGGCACAAGAUAUUUCAUAAGCGUAUGCCUCCUGAAGCAGUGGAUCUUGUUUCACGACUUUUGCAGUACUCUCCAAACCUUCGUAGCACAGCUAUCGAGGCUUUGAUCCAUCCAUUCUUUGAUGAGCUACGUGAUCCUAAUGCCCGCCUACCUAAUGGACGUUAUCUUCCCCCACUAUUUAACUUUAAGCCUCAUGAACUGAAGGGAGUGCCUGUAGAUAUGCUAGGGAAGCUGAUCCCAGAACAUGCGAAAAAGCAAUGUGCAUUCCUUGGAUUGUGAUGGGGUUCUUUCUUCCUGAUGUCUGGUGAUUGCAGAAGUCGUGGUCUAUUGUAGAGAAGUAGCUAGUGGCCUGUUUCAGUUAUAUGAUGAAGAAGCCGUGUUUAUCUCUUUGUCAACCUCAAUGUUUAUUUGUUCCCUUUAUUAAAUUUUUUUUACCAACAUUUAUGUUUUCUUUUUUCCCACUUUUGUAGAAAGCAGAAAGGAGUGUCUGCUAUUAUUAAUAUUGUUCAUAAGACCUUAAAUGAGUAUGUUGACCACUUAUUUCCAUCUGAUGACAGAUUGUAACGACAAAAUAUUGGAUUCAAAGUUGUUUCCUUUUAGUAUAAUUUUAAUUAUAAGUUUGAGGGCUAUGGAAUUAAAUCUAUGUUAGCAGGCCAGGAUAACAGAAAAGGUGUUUUCGAUUCCGGUUUUUGUCUUCUUAACAGCUGUUGUUAAAUGAUGCUUUCAGCAAUAGCCAGCUCUGUAACUAAGUGGGGCGCAAGAAAAGGUCGAGAGGCAAAGUGUUUAAGCAUCAGUUUGGAGUUGAAUUCUCAGAACAUGUAGAGUAAAUGUAUUUUGCCAUGUUUUGAUUCGGCCUAACUUGUAUCUAUGACGUAACAUGUCUCGCUUAUUUUUCUUCUUAAAGGUACAUUGAAAAUUUUUGCUAGAUUCUUUAAAUCCUUAACAAAGCAUUUAAUCGUCUUCGCAUGGUACAUUAUUCGGUGCAUUUUGUUCAAAUCCUGGAUCAUAAAUGCCAAAGCAUAUUCUUGCAAGUUGACGUGGAAUGGUCAUCAAGCGCUCGUCCUAAACUGCACCUGGUCAUCAUCAGCACUU